UGUAACACUGGGUUCAAGUGAGGUGUCAUUCCUACAAAUUCGAGGAUCAGUCCCGCUUUUUUGGGAACAGCCCGGUAUCAAUGUUGGCUCUCAUAAGGCGCACUAUAAAAAUUCACACUGUGCUGUUGAUUACAUUGCUUUUGAUUAUCACGAAGAAAAACGAAAUUGCCUAAAACUGAUUGAUAGGUUGAAGGCGACAAUUCUGAAGUGUAUGUUCUUCUGCAGGCGUAAUGGAAGCUUAAUUUGCACGCAAAAUGGCGUCAUUCGUGUAAAUUGUCUGGAUUGCUUGGAUCGAACAAAUGCGGUGCAGACUCUCAUCGGAUUUCAGGUAGCUCGUUUUCAUUUUGGGAUUUUUAGGAUUGUACCACUGAUCCUCCAGUCAUAUGAGGUGUUGACGUCGCAGCUGGAAAGUCUACAGGUUGAUAGGAAAUAUAUUUCACGAUUUGAAGAGCACCUAAAAGAUAUAUGGCAGCGGAACGGCGAUGCAUGCAGUGUGAUUUAUGCUGGUACCGGCGCACUGGAAGGGAAAAGUAAGGUGAAAGAUGCGCGACGAACAUUGGUACGAACAAUACAAAACAAUUUUUUGGAUUCAUCAAAGCAGGAAGCGUUUGAUUUCCUCCUUCACGGCGCAUCCAUUUACGAUUGUUUCUUCAGACAAGUUGCAUGUAUGCUUCCACGCGAUAUAAUUCAAAAAUGUCCGCCGGUAGCGAAGGAAUUGGCGGAGCGAAAGCACGAAAUGGUGGACAGCGUUCCAUUAACUGUUUGGGUUGGCACAUGGAAUGUGAAUGGUGGCAAAAAUUUCUCAGACAUUGCCUUUCGCAAUCAAACCAAUCUUGCCGAUUGGCUCUUCCCAGAACAAAUACUUGGUGCAACGGGUAGUGCGAAUUUUGAUGCGGAUAUUUAUAUUGUUGGCUUGGAAGAAAUCAUUGACCUCAAUGCUUCAAAUAUUGUAAGUGCUAGCACAACAAAUCAGCGUGCAUGGGCGCAUGGUUUACGCGAAGCAUUAUCGGAGCGUGGGAAACACGUGCUUCUGGGCAGUGAACAGCUUGUUGGCGUUUGCAUUUUUGUCUUUAUCAAACCAUCACUUGCUGCUGUAGUGCGUGAUUUAUACAUCAGCAGCGUAAAAACAGGCUUGUUUGUGAUUCUUUUUUUUUUUAAAUUUUUUAAAGGGGAAUGGUAG